GGUUCACAACUUGUAGCUGCCUCCGAGCUUCCCUGCGCGAAGGAGAAACCCUUCUCUUCCAAAUAUGGGUAUCUCUCGUGAUUCAAUGCACAAGAGGCGUGCAACAGGCGGAAAAAAGAAGUCAUGGAGGAAGAAGCGAAAGUAUGAGCUUGGACGUCAGCCAGCAAAUACAAAGAUCUCAAGCAACAAAACUGUAAGACGGGUCCGUGUUCGAGGUGGAAAUGUGAAAUGGAGAGCCCUACGAUUAGAUACUGGAAACUACUCAUGGGGGAGUGAGGCAGUUACCCGUAAAACCCGUAUCCUUGAUGUGGUUUAUAAUGCAUCAAACAAUGAGCUUGUCCGAACACAAACCUUGGUCAAGAGUGCAAUUGUUCAGGUAGACGCUGCCCCCUUUAAACAGUGGUAUCUCCAGCACUAUGGUGUUGAUAUAGGCAGGAAGAAGAAGGUAGCUGCCAAGAAGGAUUCUACUGAGGAGGUAAGUGAAGCUGCUCCUACUGCUGCUGAGGAGACUAAGAAAAGUAAACACGUGGAAAGGAAACUUGAGGCUCGCCAGAAGGACCGUAAACUGGAUCCUCAUCUUGAAGAGCAAUUUAGUUCCGGAAGGCUUAUGGCCUGCAUUUCCUCGAGGCCUGGCCAAUGUGGCAGAGCUGAUGGGUACAUUUUGGAAGGAAAAGAACUUGAGUUUUACAUGAAGAAAUUGCAGAGGAAGAAGGGCAAGGCAGCUGGUGCUGCUGCUUAAUGUUUUUUUUUUAAUUUCAAGUUUGUUUGCAUCGUGUAGCCAUUUUUGUUGUGACGGUCCAAAGUGGUUUUUAAACUACCGUUUCUCUUUGUACUAUUUAUUUAUGAAACUUGUUUUAUUUUCUUGACACAAUUUAUUAUGUCUUACUUUUUCACUGUGUUUCUGUUUUUCAUUGGAUCAGCAUUUA